AUGCAGCGUUUCAGAGAAGGUAUUCACAUCCGCACCAUGAAGGCGAAGAGGAAAGUGGAGGAGAUCUCCAAAGAGGACGUGCAGGCGUUCCUUAAGAAGAAUGCCUUCGUGCUCUUCACGGUUGCAGCUGUAGUCGUAGGAAUCAUCCUGGGCUUCGCUCUGCGUCCGUAUAAGAUGACCUACAGAGAGGUGAAGUACUUCUCUUUUCCAGGAGAGCUGUUGAUGAGAAUGCUUCAGAUGCUGGUUCUGCCUUUACUCGUCUCCAGUCUAAUAACAGGAAUGGCCGCUCUGGACAGCAAAGCUUCCGGAAAGAUGGGAAUGAGAGCCGUGAUUUACUACAUGACCACCACCUUUAUCGCAGUCUUCAUCGGGAUCAUCAUCGUCCUCAUCAUCCAUCCAGGGAAAGGGUCAAAAGACGAGUUUGGGAAGCAGCAGAAGAUAGAGCAAGUCAGUCCUGCAGACGCCUUCUUAGACCUGAUCAGGAAUAUGUUUCCCCCAAACCUCGUCCAAGCCUGCACGCAGCAGUUUAAAACCAAAUACGGGAAGCGUGUCGUCCACGUGACGGUGACGGUAAACGACACCCUUUUCAACUCGACCAACGGCACCCAGGAGGCCAUGGAGCUCACCCGGGAGGAGGUGAUCCCAGUGCCGGGUCAGGUGAACGGGGUCAACGCUCUCGGGUUGGUGGUCUUCUCCAUGUGCUUCGGUCUGAUAAUUGGUAACAUGAAGGAGCAGGGCCAGCUCCUCAGGGACUUCUUCGACAGCCUCAAUGAAGCCAUCAUGCGCCUGGUCGCCAUCAUCAUGUGGUAUGCCCCGAUCGGUAUCCUGUUCCUGAUUGCAGGAAAGAUCGUAGAGAUGGAUGAUUUGACUCAGAUGGGAGGCCAGCUGGGGAUGUACACCAUCACGGUCAUCAUCGGGUUAAUGAUCCACGCUAUUCUCAUUCUUCCAACUCUGUAUUUCGCCAUCACUCGGCAAAAUCCCUUCAUCUUCAUUGCUGGGCUCCUGCAGGCUCUGGUCACAGCCCUGGGGACCUCCUCCAGCUCGGCCACUCUCCCCGUCACCUUCAAAUGUCUGGAGGAAAACAACAAGAUCGACAAGCGCAUCACUCGCUUCGUGCUGCCCGUCGGUGCCACAAUCAACAUGGACGGGACGGCUCUCUACGAGGCUUUGGCUGCCAUUUUCAUCGCGCAGGUCAACAACAUGGAGAUGAACUUUGGCCAGAUCAUCACCAUCAGUAUCACAGCCACUGCAGCCAGCAUUGGAGCCGCAGGCAUCCCCCAGGCCGGCCUGGUCACCAUGGUGAUUGUACUGACCUCGGUUGGACUUCCCACUGAUGACAUCACUCUCAUCAUUGCAGUUGAUUGGUUCCUGGACCGUCUUCGGACAACGACUAACGUUUUGGGGGAUUCGAUCGGAGCCGGCAUCGUGGAGUUCCUGUCUCGACACGAGCUCCGCAGCAAAGACGUGGAGAUGGGGAACUCGGUGCUGGAGGAGAAGGAGAGAAAGAAGCCGUACAAGCUCAUCUCUCAGGAUAGUGAUUUUGAAAAUGACAAACGUGCUCACAGCGAAUCACACAUGUAGUUCAUCCUCACACAACAUCCGCUCCAUCCGUCAUUCUGGUUCUUUUUGGAGAAGGAGGAGGGAGAUCAUCGUGAAGUGUUUCAGUCAUCUUCAUCCAAUAGAUCACAUCCUUUAUUAAAUACAUCUUCAAAUAGGACGGGUAGAUUCUGUAUUUUAUGUUUACUGCUUAACUAAAUAUUUUAAAUUCACCCUCUUGUAGAGAUCCAGGUGGAAGCAGGGUUUAUAUUCAAGGUGAGGCCCUUUCCAACAAACGUUAAGCUCUAAAUUUGGACACUAAAAGUUUAGGGAUUUCUCCAACAGAUUGCUUCUCAUGGCUGCAGAACAACAACCAAGACAAUUUUUAUUACAAGGAGUAAUAAAGAAAUAAGGAAGUUUGGUUGGAUUAUUCUGCCAAUGUGGUGUUUUAAUUUGUACCUGUAAAUGUAUGUGCAUGUUCACAUUUCCAAUAUAACUGAUUUUUUUACUAAACUGCUGAUGCAUUGUAGAAAAUGAGCCAAGUAAAACAUCCUGGAUUAAUACACAUUAAAUCCUCUGAUCAUGACUGUUCCAUGGAUAAAGGUUGUCUUAGUUUUGUUUAUUAUAUCUUCAUAUAAAUAAACAGAAAAGAA